CUGCUACACAGGGUCGUUGCAUGCAUCGAUACGGCAUAUAAAUAGCACCAAGAGCUUGGAUAGCGCAAUGGCGACCGGCGUUGCCAUCGUCUUCCUUCUCGGACUACUCCUACGUGUGGGCGCGACCGAUACGUUUCCCAACCCGACGCCCGAAGGCAAGUCGUGGGCGCCGUGCUCGUCGGCAGUGUUGGCGGUUGCAGCCCAAGGCGAUGGGUCCACGCCCGGCUCAUGCAUGAGCUGCGACCCAACGUACAACAAGUGCCCCGCCAAGUGCCAGCCGCUCAUCAACACCAUGUACAGCGACUGCGACGGCGUCUACACGCCUCCAGGUCACUUUUUUGACCCGGCGGCCAAGAUCUCGGGCUACUGGAACGGACAGGUCAACGUGUCGCGUAUCGCGGUCGAGCGUUGUGGGUGCAGUCGCGCACUAACCGCCCACAGCAGCCUCGGACUCGCACUUGCUCCCGCUCUUUGGCUCCUUUUUUCCUAACUUCAACACCGAAACAUUGAUCGCUGAA